UUCCUUCAUUCCCGGAGUCGUCCUCCUCUCACCCGCCCGCCCCCCAGAGCGGAGCUCUAGGCGGGGACACCCCCGCAUUGGACGUCCCCAAACCUCCGUGCACCUGGCUGAACCGGAGUCCCCGGUGUCGGGGCAGGGCAGGGCCGCCGGCGGCGAGCCGGAGCCAGCCCAGCGCCCUGGCCCCGCCGAACCCUCGGAGCCCACCCAUGGGGCUCCGGCUCCGCGUACCUCCUCGCCCGGCCGUACUCAGCCCAGCUCCGAGCGUUGCGCGCAGGAGGAUCCGUACUCAGUGACCCUGGAACCCCCGCAGACGCCGGGAGACUCGGGGGCGGGAGCGGCAGGCGGUUCCCCGCAUCUCCAAGAGCUUUCAGGCAGCCCUCCAAGCCGUGCUCGGGGCCCGGCCCGCUGUUCCCAGCCCCGAGCCAUGAUGAAGACCUUGUCCAGUGGGAACUGCACGCUCAGUGUGCCUGCCAAGAACUCCUACCGAAUGGUGGUGUUGGGCGCCUCGCGCGUGGGCAAGAGCUCCAUUGUUUCCCGAUUUCUCAAUGGCCGCUUCGAGGACCAGUACACGCCCACCAUCGAGGAUUUUCAUCGAAAGGUGUACAACAUCCACGGGGACAUGUACCAACUGGACAUCCUGGACACCUCUGGCAACCACCCAUUCCCUGCCAUGCGCAGGCUGUCCAUCCUCACGGGAGAUGUCUUCAUCCUGGUGUUCAGCCUGGAUAGCCGGGAGUCCUUCGAUGAGGUCAAGCGCCUCCAGAAGCAGAUCCUGGAGGUCAAGUCCUGCCUGAAGAAUAAGACCAAGGAGGCAGCAGAGCUGCCCAUGGUGAUCUGUGGGAACAAGAAUGACCACAGUGAGCUAUGCCGCCAGGUCACUGCCAUGGAGGCCGAGCUGCUGGUGUCUGGGGAUGAAAACUGCGCCUACUUCGAGGUGUCGGCCAAGAAGAACACGAACGUGAACGAGAUGUUCUAUGUGCUGUUCAGCAUGGCCAAGCUGCCCCACGAGAUGAGCCCCGCACUGCACCAUAAGAUCUCCGUGCAGUAUGGUGACGCCUUCCAUCCCCGGCCCUUCUGCAUGCGCCGCACCAAGGUCGCAGGUGCCUAUGGCAUGGUCUCACCCUUUGCCCGCCGCCCCAGUGUCAACAGUGACCUCAAGUACAUCAAGGCCAAGGUCCUACGGGAGGGCCAGGCCCGAGAGAGGGACAAAUGCAGCAUCCAGUGAGAGGCAGGGACAUUGGGGAGUGCCUUAAGGGAGGUGGCUGAGGAUUCCCACUGCCCACAUCCCACGGGGGCCCUAGGCAUGUAAGCUGUGCUUGCUCUCCUGAUUCCUAGCCACCUCCUGUGAGUCCUUAUGUCUGUGGCUCCUUUGUGGUAGGACAGAGACACGUUUGGGGACAUGUCAGCACUCAAGCUCAGACAAACUUUCAGUAUCAUUAGAGUAGAAGGAAUGCAGAAGGACCACGAGUCUUGUGUCAACACAAGAUGCUCAGUACAAGUCACAAGAUGAGAACAUCCUAGCCAGAUGUCCCAGCCAGAUUCCCUGGUGGCCUCUGCUCCCUCUGCGUGGUCUCUAUGCUUCUGGAGAAACUGCCCUUCUGGGUCUUCAACUCCUGCCCUCUGGCCCAGCUGUGUACACACCCCUCCAGGUUAGCCGCUGGUCACCCUAACAUUGAGCCGAGGGAGAGUGAGAGGGAGAGGGAGAGAGGGAGAGAGAGAGAGUGUGAGCGUGUGUGUGUGUGUGUGUGUGUGUGUGUGUGUGUGUGUGUGUGUGUGUGAGAGAGAGAGAGAGAGAGAGAGAGAGAGAGAGAGAUGUCCAUGUCCCUCAGACCACUGCCUCCUGGCUCCUCUCCCAGACUCCUCCAUAUGACAUUGCUCUUUGUUUUGAAGUUGUUUCCUGUUCUGUUUGCAGUAGACAUGAAGUCCUUGUAUGGUAAGAGCCCAGUGACCUGCCUUUGGCUGGGCUCCCCAGUUCACACCCAUUGCUUUAGCUGUGGUCCCCUUCCUCCAUGCUCCCAGGCAGGCUGUGCAGCUAGAUCCUGCCCUGUGUUUAGCGGCUUACAAAAGAGCCCACAGUGCCAUGGUCACAGAGGUAAGGGUGUCUCCCCUGCCCUCAGGAGAGGAUGACUGAGCCUUGGGGACAGUGACUCUCUAAACCCCUCCACAUGCCUAGCUAGAUCAGGACAGCUCUGCCUGGAUCCAGCUUGCUUCUGCUGCAGUUCCUCAAGCAUCUGUUGAACACCCACUGGAUACUGGGUUCCUUGUGUGCUAGGCAACAGAGAGUGACGAGUCUGUGUGUCCCCAGCUCUGGCCUCUGCCCACCUGUGGUGCCCCUUCUGCACACACAGCUGUUGGAGGAAGUGGAACAGCCGAGAGCCCAAGCUGAGCCUAGGAUAGACUGGCAGGAAGACUUGUGGGUCUUUCCCUAGUGCUCAGGCUAUGCUAGGUACUUCUGUCUCCAACAUAGGUGUGACAGUGAGGGAUGAUUGUGACCCUGAAAACCAAAGGCCCUGCUCAGCUCUUAAUACACAUGUUGUUUUAGAACCGAGGCUGGCCCAUUGAGACGGCUCAGUGGGUAAAGGCACCUGCUGCUGAGCCGUUCAACCUGAGUUUGAUCCCUGGAAUCACAUGGUGGAGGGAGAGAACUAACUUCUGUGAGGCAUUCUUUGACUUACAUGUCCUUCAUGGUACCCGCAUACACACAAAGUAAUGAAGCUAAUGGUUACUAAAAACUGUAGGAAUCUUCUAGUGCAUUCCCUCAAGGCCCAGAAAGCAUGAGUGACUAGCCCCAGGUCACAUACUGCAAGCUGGGCCAGCCAUGGGCCUUCCACGCACACCGUGUUUCACCUCUCUUCCUGGAGCUCCCAGUGGCAGGGAUUUGGACCAUGUUACACACCCCUCCCCCAGUGAUCACAGGUUACCCAUGGAUGCUGUGUACAUCGUCAUCCUUAAUGCACCUCAAUUCCAGCUCUGCACACCAACCCCCAGGCCUGGUCCUGUGUCUUCACGUCAACACCUGCUGCUCAGUACAACUGCCCAGUACCUGCUUCUGUCCUGCAGUAAACACCCCCCUGCCCCCGCCCACCAGCCCCAACCCUGAGAGUAUACCAGGUACUUGUCCAGGCAGGUGUAUGGCUUAGUCCCACCCGGUCAAGCUUCACUGCUUGGACCUCUGUGUACACUAUCAAUUAAAGUUGGUUUGUUAGCAACCAUG